UGUGGGUGUGGAGAAGAGCAACAGAAUACCUAGCAGAGAAAUCUGCCUAUUCGUACGAGUUGUUUCUGUCAGCACCCAGCAGCGAUAUAUCGCGUGCUCAGGAAAUUCAGCUCCAAACCAGAGGCACCCCGGAGCAGGAUUAUGGACAUGCCGAGAACGGCGUGGGAUCAAAGGCUGCUGAUCGUCCACGGUCGGCGGGAGCGGGACGCAGCAUCCGGUGGUGGCUGAUGGUGAUGGUGGACAUGCUCAUGGUGCUCGGCGGGCAGACCACAGCCACCCUGCUCGGCCGCCUCUACUACAACUCCGGUGGCAACAGCAAGUGGAUGUCCACGCUCACCCAGUCCGGCGGCUGGCCCCUGCUCGAAAUCGUCCUCCUCCUCACGCCGCCGGACUCCGCCGACGCCGGGCCCCAGCCGCCGGCGUCCAAGAUGGUGCCCAUCUACGUGGGCAUCGGGAUCCUCAUCGGCUUCGACAACCUCAUGUACUCGUACGCGCUGCAGUACCUGCCGGUGUCCACCUUCGCGCUGGUGGCGGUGUCGCAGCUUGGCUUCAACUCUAUCACAUCGCGUCUCAUCAACAAGCAGCGGUUCACGGCGCUCAUCGCCAACUCCGUGGUGGUGCUCACCUUCUCGGCCACCCUGAUCGGCGUCGGCUCCUCCUCCGACGGCACCUCCAGCAACCUCCCGCGCGGCAAGUACGCUUUGGGGUUCAUCCUCACGCUAACCGCAUCCGCCACCUUGGCGCUUAUCAUGUCCCUCUACGAGGUCACCUUCGAGAAGGUGAUCGGGACCAGGACGAUCCUGUGGGUGCUGCGGGUGCAGCUCUUCACGAACCUUGUGGCGUCGACAGUGACGUUGUGCGGGCUGUUCGCGUCCGGGGAGUGGAGGACGAUCCCGGGGGAGAUGGCGGCGUUCAAGGGCGGGAGGACGAGGUACAUGGCGACGCUGGUUGGCACGGCGGUGUCGUGGCAGGCCCUGGCGCUCGGGUAUCUGCGGCUGAUCGCCGGAGUGUCGUCGCUGUUCGCCAACGUGACGGGCGCGGUGGCGCUGCCGCUGGUGCCGGUGUUCGCGGUCGUAUUGUUCGGCGACAAGAUGACGGGGAUCAAGGCCCUCGCCAUGCUCAUGGCCGUCUGGGGGUUCCUCUCGUACGUGUAUCAGCAUUACCUCGAUGGCCGGCGCGCGGCCGUGGGGAAGGAGGGAGCAGCAGAAUGUUGCGUGUGCGCGGCGCGCGCGGCUGGCGAUGCCGUUUUGCACGCUUGAGACGAUUGUUGGCACUCAUUUUUUUUUGUUCUAAAGUCAG